AUGGAUGGCACCAUUCAGAAAGAAAUAAAUCCCAAAGCUCAUGCGCUAGUCCCCCCUGAUGUCCCCAAGAGCCCAGCCAAGCCCUUCGAGAGGACCUGGAACCUGAGGCGGCUGCCAUCAGAGGAGGGCUCGGGCAGUGAGCAGAACCACCAGGAAGCAGCUAAAGAAGCGACAGGUGGAAAACCGUUGGGUCCCUGCCUGAUCCUCCCACCAGUCCUGCUGCAGAAUGAGAUCGGGCCCCCAGUUUUCUCGCUCAAUCCUGCACACCUAGCCUCACGGCCAGAUGAGAAAACAGAGGUUCAGUGGACUGACUGUCCACCCCUCUCACUGCCUGCAGAGCCCAACACCCAGCCGGCCCGGGAGCCCAUCGUCCUCGCAGCCCCCAGCCCUGGGAGCUGUCGCCACACAGUCCCGCCUGACCCUGGCGGGGUCGCAGAAGGCUGGCGCCCAGAGCGGCUCCAGGGCGGCGCCGCGGGGAGUGGACGGGUGCCCAGCAGAGCUGGCGGCUGCGCUGGAAAGAAAGGCCGGAGUUCCACCGUUAAAAAGCCCUCACCCCCCCGCCCCCGCCCGGCCCAUCGCGCCCGGGAGCUCCACGAAGUUGCUCUAAGUCGUCGGGGUCUUGUCGGCAGACGAAGGUUAGGCGGGGCCGCGCGACGGGCGGGAGCGUGGGCACGGUCUGGAGUGCUGGGCUCGCCCCCCAGCUCCGCGCGUGCACGCCCCAACACCCCACCCCCACCCGCUGCCCCCGAGGCUCCCGCCCAAUCAGAGGCCGCGCGCGCGCGCGGCGCCGCCAACGAGUCCCUGCCUGGCCACACUCACCUCCCGGGGCGCGCCAUUAGCGCGCGGCUCGGCUCCUGGCCUGCAUCUCCUGGUUCGCUCCGCUCCGGUUCCCGCUCCGGCUUGGGUUCUCGCUCUGCAGGGCUUGGCUCCGAGAUGGUGGCAAAGGCGGCGUGCGAGGCAGGGAGGGCGUGCCCCCGCGGGCGCCCCCGCUCCUUCACCAUACCCGGCCGCGCGCUCCGAACCCGAGCCCCGGAGCCCGACUCUGGCUUCCGGCGCUACGGCUCGGAGGCGCCGACUCCCUCCUCCUCCUCCCCUGCGCCGCCGCCAGCAGCCGCCCGCCCUCUCCCGCGCUCCCUCUUCCCCACCGCCCUGCGCUGCCUCUCACAUUCUCCGCAUUACAUUGGGUGCCGCCCAGCGCUCGCGGGACCCAGGGUUCGAGAGCGGAAUGGGAGACUAGGGGACCCGCCGUGCCCCGGACCCGCCGCCCCCUCUGCUCUCCCCUCGCUCCGCGGUUCCUCGCUCCGGCCUGGCGGGCGGCGACCUUUGCCGCGGGGGAACAGUCCGGGGCGGUGGCGCAGCCGGGGCCGUGCGGGCGGCCCCAAGUCCGCUGCCGCUGAACCCGGCCCUCCGGGGCUGGAGGCUGGGCGCCCAGGACUGCGGGGCCGGGAGGAGAAGGGAUCAGGAAGCAGCUGUCCGGAUCUGAGCCGUGGGCGAGAGCAGGGCUCCUAUGGGGAGGAUGGGUUGGAGGGGGUGAAACUGGAGCCAGAACCUGAGGAGGAGGCUGUUGGGGGCACCCAGCACCAGGGUACAGGGGCUGGGACCUGGCUGGGUGACCUUGAUCCUGUUUCUCAAGUCUGGAGUAAGGACCCUGAGGUUCCCCCAGGCCUGUCGCAGCAAACCCUGGGCAUGAGGCUGGGCCACGCUGGGCUGAGUGGGCAGCGGCUGGCGUCCACCGUUGCUGCCACCACCGCAGCCCAGUAUGCCCAGCAACUUCCUGCCCUGCUGCCAGUCUUCCCAGGUCAGCACCAUGACUUCCGCCAGCCCCCGCCCGCCUCUGGGCCCUGUAGGCGGGCCCGGACACAGGAGGGGGUUGCCUGGCCGCCCUCCGGAGCCAGACUCGCCGGGCUCCAGCAGACAGCAGCCAUCAGCCUGGAGCCGGCUAUUUUUAGCGGGCUCUUCGCAGCAGCGGGCUGGCUCGGAACACGCUCCGAUUACCAGGGUGACCUGAGCAGCUGCUGCGACUCUCCUCGUGGGCUGAGCCCACAGGCGGGUGACAUGAGAGAAGGCAGGCGGGCUGCCCUCCUCCGCCUCUCUCGCGGCCCUGCCACUUCCUGGGGGCUCGGGGGCUGGGAUUCAGCCCACUGCGACCAGCAGCAGAAACAGGCUGGUCAACCCAGCCCUCGGGGAAAGGUGAAGGGCUCAAGGUCGGCGCCAGGAGGGAAGCCCCCUGCCAGGCGCCUCUGGGGAGAGGGCGCAGGCCCGCGGACGGCGUCGUCUGCGCACGCGCGCGGUAUCCGCGUUCCCCCACGCCCCCCAGCCCGUGACGCCCCCUGGGAAAGGGGCCGCGGGCCGCCCCUCGGCGGCGGUUUUAGUCGUCCACGCCAGCUCUUCUGCACCUCCAUCCCAGCCGGUGGCAGGGCGGCCACGGCAGGAUGCGGGGAGAGGAGGGAUCGCAGUGGGGGACGCCUCUCGUCCCGCCCCGCGCGAAUCGGCCGGCGCGCUCCUGCUCCGCGGACACGCGCUCUCGGCCGACCCUGGAGCCCCCGGCCCGGACGCGCGCUUCCUGACCGCGAGCCGCCUGGCGCGCGAGAGACCCGCCACCGCUCCGACGCACGCAGGGCAGGGGGCGCGGGGCGAAGGGAGGCGGCGGUGGCCCCCAGGGGAAGGAGAGCGAGAGAGACGCGCAGAUUGCGAACGCGCAAGACAAACACCUGUGUUGAGGGCUGA